AUGCAGGCCCUCACCCUUGCGCAGGUCAAGCCUGCGCUGGCAGGCUCCUUCUUCAGCGGCAAGCAGCUGCAGCAGCGGUCCCUGGUGGCCAAGGCCGCCCGGCCCAGCAUUGCCGUGGUGAGCAGCGCAGUGGCAGAGGAGGCCGAGCGCCUGCGCCUGAACAACCUGUCCCCCCAGGACGGCGCCAGGAAGAGCAAGAACCGCAAGGGCCGUGGCUACGGCGCAGGCCAGGGAGGCACCGCCGGCUUUGGCAUGCGCGGCCAGAAGUCGCGCAGCGGCAGCGGCAUCCGCCCCGGCUUUGAGGGCGGCCAGACGCCGCUCUACCGGCGGCUGCCAAAGCUCAAGGGCAUUGCCGGCGGCAUGGGCGCUGGCCUGCCCGACUUUGUGGUGGUCAACCUGGCGCAGCUGGACAAGUUUGCUGAGGGCGAGGAGGUGACCCUGGAGAGCCUGGAGGAGAAGCGCAUUGUCAACCUGAGCGGCCGCGAGUCGCGCCUCCCCCUCAAGGUGCUGGGCACCGGCGAGCUGACCCAGAAGCUGGUGAUCAAGGCGGCGGCGUUCAGCGAGAGCGCCAAGCAGAAGAUCGAGGCGGCGGGCGGGCAGGCGGUGGAGCUGCCGCAGAAGGUGACCUGGACGCGCAAGGCGCACGAGGCGCGUGUGGCAGCUGCCCAGAAGUGA